AUGAUGAUGGACAACGGGGUGAUGAAUAAUCAUUAUGAUGGGGGGUAUACGGAUGGAUACAUGGAACAGGAGGAGGAGUGGGAGCGCGAGGGUCUUUUAGACCCGGCAUGGGAGAAACAACAGAAAAAGAUCGCGGCCGUGGACACUAUUAAAAGAUUUCUUGAAGCUUUUCGUGCGAGCGAGAUAGAUGCACACUGUCACGCCACAAGCGGGAGCGGGUCGGAGCGAGAGGAAUCGAAUUUCCGUUAG